AUGGCCACACCACUCAUAGCCUGCCUAGCGGGCAUCUGCUCGAAAUCUAUACCCAGCCAUACCCUUCGCGCCAUUGCUGGACCGUCCAAAAUCCACCCCUUCGACCCAACCCACCACCUCCACACCUCCCCUUCCCGUCAUGCUGCGCCUGUCAGACCGCGGCAGCCCGCCCCAUCCGCCAACCCCAUGUCCCUCAGAGACCGGCAAAUCCCAUAUCGUACCGUACAGCUUGUAUCUCCCACAGACAACUCCCUCUCAGAACCCACACCCCUCCGGACCAUCCUAAACUCGUACGACCAUGCCACCCAUACCCUCUCGCUCGUCAGCCUAGAACCCCCCAUCGUCAAGCUCCUCAACAAGGAGGAUAUCCGCCAGAAAGUGCGCAAGGCGGAAGUCAAGGCGAAAUUGAACAGAAAGUCCGCGGUGGAGGAAAAGGAGGUGCAGGUGUCUUGGGCGUCAGCGAGUGGGGAUCUGAAGCACAAGUGCGCGCAGGCGAGAGGGAUAUUGGAGAAGGGGGAUAGGGCGACUGUUAUCUAUGCGGCCAAGGCGGGAAGCGAUAAAGUGUCUCAAGGGGUGCAAGGGGAGAUCACGGCGAUGUUUGAGAAGGAGCUCGAGGAGGUGGCGGUGAGGUGGAAAGAGGAUGAGAAGAGCAAGGCGACGUGGAUCCAGUUCUGGGGACCGAUGGCCAAAGUCAGAGAAGAGAGGAGGGCCAAGGUGGAGGAGGAGGAGGUGGGGAAGAAGAAGGAGAGGGACGAGAAGAAGGAGGCGAGGCGGAAAAAGGAGGAAGAGAGGCAGGAGAGGGCAGCAAGAAAGGCCGCUGAGAUUGUAGCAUGA